UCAUGCUUAUUAGCGGGUGUCCUCGGUAUGGGUUCUGUGAGGAAUGGGUUCCGGGAUCGGCUUGUUUUGGCGGUGGAUGUCGGCAGUACGGUGCUGCGGUGUCACGUGUAUGACCGGACGGGGGAGUGCAGGGGUAGCGCCGAGGAUAAGAUAAAAGUUUUAUAUCCCCGCCAUGGGUUUGUGGAGAUCGAUCCUGAGGAAUUGUGGAAGCAGUUUGUCGCUGUGGUGAAGGAGGCGGUGAAAGAUGCAGGGAUCCAAAUCAGUCAGGUGGCGGCCCUUGGUAUCGCCACGCAAAGAGCAACGUUCAUCAACUGGAAUAAGAAAACUGGAGAACCAUUCCAUAAUUUCAUCAGCUGGCAGGAUCUGCGAGCUGCUGAGUUGGUCAAUUCCUGGAACAGAUCCCUGCUUCUAAAGACUGUACAUGGAUCUUGCAAGUGCUUGCAUUUCUUCACACGCAGGAAACGGUUCCUAGCAGCAAGCCUGAUCAACUUCACCACCCAGCACGUGUCCCUGCGGCUGGCCUGGGUCUUACAGAACAUGCCAGAGGUGCGGCAGGCUGCUGAGGAAGGGAACUGUUGCUUUGGUACCAUUGAUACAUGGCUGCUGUAUAAACUUACUAACGGUGCUGUUCAUGCGACGGACUACUCGAAUGCAAGCGGAACAGCGAUUUUUGAUCCCUACCUGAUGAGCUGGAGUUCCUUCCUUUGUUCCAUGUUAUCCAUUCCCCUGUGUAUAUUUCCUCGUGUAGAAGACACAAGUUAUAGUUUUGGAGUUGUGGAUCCUGAUAUAUUCGGAGCUCCAGUACCUAUCCGUGCUUUGGUUGCCGACCAGCAAGCGGCUAUGUUUGGGCAGUGCUGUUUUGACGUAGGUGAUGUGAAGCUGACAAUGGGAACUGGAACGUUUAUGGCUAUUAACACAGGGAAUACCCUACACACUUCUAUAGCAGGUUUGUAUCCGCUGGUUGGCUGGAAGAUUGGGAAUGAGCUGGUGUGUCUGGCAGAGGGUAAUGCUUCGGAUACGGGGACCGCCAUCAAAUGGGCCCACGAUCUGAAACUCUUCACAGAUAUCACAGAAACUGCAGGCAUGGCUAGAAGUGUUCCUGACUGCGGAGGGAUUUACUUUGUGCCAUCUUUCACAGGGCUACAGGCCCCAGUGAAUGAUCCCUAUGCAUGCGCCUCAUUCAUGGGACUAAAGCCUUCCACCACCAAGAGCCAUCUAGUGCGGGCCAUCCUGGAGUCUGUGGCAUUUAGGAACAAGCAAUUAUUGGACACUGUUUUAAGUGAGACCUCUAUCCCCAUCUCACAGAUCCGGGCGGAUGGUGGGGUCAGUAACAACGGCUUUGUGAUGCAGAUGACGGCUGAUUUAUUUGGGCAAACCAUCGAUAAACCCAAACAUACCGACAUGUCCUCAUUGGGAGCAGCUUUCUUAGCCGGUCUUGCUGUGGGCGUAUGGUCCAGCAAAGAGGAGCUGAAGAAGCUUAGGCAAACCGAUGUCAUGUUUGAACCACAAGCUAAAUGGAAAGAUUACGAGGCAAAUAUGAAGAGUUGGGAGCUGGCACUGCAGAGGUGUUCCAAUUGGUAUAACGACUUUUAGAAAAGUAUACAUAUAAUAUACAUAUACAACCUGUGUAUGCUCAGAGUUAGAUGCCAUCUGAAGUAUAUUGCGAGAAGUCACUCCUGGGAAUUCUGGGUAAAUUGACUAAUGUGAGAGCUGCUUGGCAUGGCGCGUACUCAUCUAGACUGGUUGGGGAUUCACAGCUAAGCAAUCUGGUAAAGGAAAAAAA